AUGAUAUGUUCGGGGCUAAUCAAAGACACAUAUGCUGCUAGCAGAAUUAUCAGCUUUUCCACCGACUCACCAUUUGUUCACAUUGAUUAUUCCCAGAAAAUAUUCACAAGCAUUGUGAAUCCAAAUGGGUUCAUCUGGAACAAGAUGUUGAAAGCCUUCGUGCGGGUAAAGAGGCCACACGAUUCGAUUUCCAUGUACAAGUCAAUGUUAAAGAACAACUUCUUGUGUAUUGAUAACUACACUCAUCCAAUCUUAAUCCAUGGCUGCUCUGUCGGUUUCUUGAAUUUCGAGGGGCAAGAGGUGCACAGUCAUGCUGUGAAGAUGGGGUUCGAGGCUGAUGUUUAUGUGGUUAAUAAUUUGAUAAAUAUGUAUUGUACCUCUGGGCACAUGGAUGAUGCUCGAAAGGUGUUUGACGAGAGUUCUCAGCUGGACUUGGUUUCUUGGAACUCAAUGCUGGCUGGAUAUGUCCAGUGGGGGAAUGUUGACGAGGCAAAACUUUUUUAUGCUCGGAUGCCUGAAAGAAAUGUCAUUGCUUCAAAUUCUAUGAUUGUGUUGUUGGGUAAGAGUGGGAACGUAGGUGAAGCGUGCCGACUGUUUUAUGAGCUGGACAAGAAGGAUCUGGUAUCGUGGACUGCUCUAAUUUCUUGUUAUGAGCAGAAUUUGAUGUAUAAGGAGGCUGUAAAUCUGUUUUUGACCAUGCCUAGGGAUAGAAUCUCAUUAGACGAGGUGGUAAGUGUGGCCGUACUUUCUGCUUGCUCACAUCUAUUAAGUUUGCAAAUCGGUGAAACUGUUCACUGUUUAGUUCUAAAAGCCGGUUUGGAAUCUUAUGUCAAUCUGCAAAAUGCUUUGAUUCACAUGUACUCCAAAUGUGGGGACGUGUUGGCUGCUCAGAAGCUAUUCGAUUCUGGUUGUUUCUUGGACUUGAUAUCUUGGAAUUCUAUGAUAUCCGGUUAUGUUAAAUGUGGAUUGGUCGAGAAAGCUAGGGCGUUAUUCGACCGCAUGCCUGAGAAGGACGUUGUCUCUUGGAGCUCGAUGAUAUCAGGUUACGCCCAGUCAAAUAUGUCCUCUGAGACUUUAGCAUUAUUUCAUGAUAUGCUCAACGAAGGUGUCAAGCCCGACGAAAUGACUUUGGUCAGUGUGGUCUCUGCAUGCACUCAGGUAGCGGCGCUGGACCAAGGCAAGUUGCUGGAUGCUUACAUACGGGAAAACGGGCUCAAGCUGAACGCGAUUCUCGGCACAACUCUUAUUGACAUGUACAUGAAAUGUGGGUGCGUGGACAAUGCCAUGGAGAUUUUCCAUGCCAUGGAGAAUAAAGGGGUUUCUUCAUGGAAUGCCGUGAUACUAGGCCUGGCGAUGAACGGACGGGUGGACGUGUCGCUCCAAAUGUUCGACGAGAUGAAGAAAUCUAAAUUGAACCCAAAUGAGAUAACCUUCGUCGCAGUUCUUGGUGCUUGCCGGCACAUGGGUCUGGUCGAACAGGGUCGUAAGUUUUUCCGCUCCAUGACUGAGGAACACAAUAUUGAACCCAACAUUAAGCACUACGGGUGCCUGGUCGACCUCCUUGGACGUGCAGGGCUUUUGAGGGAGGCAAAGGAACUGAUCGAGACCAUGCCCAUGGCGCCAGAUGUCGCCACCUGGGGGGCCCUACUUGGGGCGUGCAAGGAGCACGGUGACAGGGAAAUGGGGGAGGAGAUUGGGAGGAGGUUGAUCGAACUCCAACCAGAGCAUGACGGGUUUCACGUGCUGCUCUCGAAUAUAUACGCUUCCAAAGGUAACUGGGGCAACGCCAUGGAGGUUAGGGAGAUCAUGGCCCGGCAAGGGGUGGUGAAGACACCUGGAUGCAGCAUAAUAGGAGCCGGACGUUGA